CCAUUGGUCCGCGGCCGCUCCGCGCGUCACCGCUUCCUCCCGCUUUUGUGCGCCGGCCCAGCCCAGCUCCGGCCGAGCCGAGCCGAGCUGAGCUGAACCGAGCUGAGCUGAGCUGAGCUGAGCUUUUCGGAGCCGCGCCAGGCGCUGGGACCCGAGGUGGUGACACCAGCCCCGGGUGGCCGCGCAUGUCCCUCCGCGGGUGACCCCGGUGGAUGCUUGAGAGAGGAGGAUAAAGCACAAGAGUCUGGGACCAGUGGAAUGGAGGCCUGAUGUAGAUGGAAAGAUGGAUGAAGAAGAAGCUCUGAACUCUAUUAUGAAGGAUUUGGCAGCUUUGGGCAAGUGUGGGGGUCUGCUGGACAACAACAGGAAUAAAACCAGUGUCCACUCCAACAAACAGCGAAGUGUCAGGAUCAAGUUUGAAUAUGAAGGAGAGAAAAGGAUUAUCCAGUUUCCAAGAUCAGUCAAAUUCAAGGAGGUGGUGCAGAAGGUCACAGAUGCUUUUGGACAGACGAUGGACUUGGUCUCUGUGAACAAUGAGCUCCUGAUCCCACUGAAAUCCCAGGAAGAUUUGGACAAAGCCAUGGAGCAGCUGGAGCUGAGCCCUUCCCUGAAGAGCCUGCGGAUCCUUGUGAGCGCUCCAAAGAAAGCGAAUCAGCUCCUGCAGCCCAACAACAGCAAGCAGCAUGAGAUGAGGAUCUCCAGAUCCAUGGGUGAUAUCAUGGGAUCCCUGUACAAAGACUCAGAGAGGACACGCAAGUACUCGACAGGCUCUCUGCACACCGGGCGCAGCUCGCCGCCGCCGGGCAGCGUUCCCGAGGAGCAGCAGCAGAUCGCGCGCCAGGGCUCCUACACCAGCAUCAACAGCGAGGGCGAGUUCAUCCCCGAGACCAUGGACCAGAACAUGCUUGAAGCUUUCAUCAGCCCUGAUGACUCGCUGUCUGGGAGCUGCCAGUCUCUGGACAGGUCUGUGGACAGCCCUCCCUUUCCCCAAACCCCUGUUCCUGGAAGGAAGAGUCAUCCCAAAGAUGGUCUUGAUUGCAUGGAUUUUGACAUCCCAUUCUGUGAGAGGUUUGGGAAAGGUGGGACCUUCCCGAGGCAGUAUCACCUCUCCCAAAGUCGCAAGGACUACAGUGAUGGCAGGAGGACUUUCCCCAGGAGUUACUUCCCACAGGAGAACCUGUUCCAGCUUGUCCCUUCUAGCAGAACCAAGAGCUUUACAGGGGACAGCAAGCUCAGCACUUUGCAGUAUGAUGAGUACAGGCCCAAGUGUUGGAACAAUUGUGAAAAGGGUCUGCAGGCUUUCAGCACCUCCCCUACAAAAGCCAGGAACUCCCUGCAGGCACCUGUGAACUGGAGGCUGGGGAAGCUGCUGGGAAGAGGAGCUUUUGGGGAGGUUUACCUGUGCUACGAUGCCGACACGGGGCGGGAGCUGUCAGUGAAGCAGGUGCCCUUCGACCCUGACAGCCAGGAGACAAGUAAGGAGGUGAAUGCUUUAGAAUGUGAGAUUCAGCUGUUGAAGACUCUCCGUCACGAAAGGAUCGUGCAGUACUACGGGUGCCUGAGGGACCCUGAGGAGAAGAAACUGUCCAUCUUUGUGGAAUACAUGCCAGGGGGCUCAAUAAAGGACCAGCUGAAAGCUUAUGGUGCUCUGACUGAGAAUGUCACACGGAAAUACACCAGGCAGAUCCUGCAGGGAGUCUUCUACCUACACAGCAAUAUGAUUGUCCACAGGGAUAUUAAAGGUGCCAAUAUUCUGAGAGAUUCUGCUGGAAAUGUGAAACUUGGAGAUUUUGGGGCCAGCAAACGCAUCCAGACCAUCUGCAUGUCUGGGACUGGGAUUAAAUCUGUCACAGGAACACCAUACUGGAUGAGCCCAGAGGUGAUCAGUGGAGAGGGCUAUGGAAGGAAAGCUGAUGUGUGGAGCGUGGCCUGCACCGUGGUGGAGAUGUUAACGGAGAAGCCGCCCUGGGCAGAGUUCGAGGCCAUGGCGGCGAUUUUUAAAAUCGCCACGCAGCCGACCAACCCCCAGCUGCCCGACGGCGUCUCCAGCUGCUGCCGCAACUUCCUCAAGCAGAUCUUCGUGGAGGAGAAGCGGCGGCCGACGGCCGAGGACCUGCUGCGACACCCCUUUGUCAGCUGCGGGCUCUGAGCGCCGGCAGCGGGGCUGGGAGGUCGGACCUCACCUCAGCGGGGCUGGAUCUCAGUCACAGCCCCUCCUCGCUCGCCGCUGCCCGGCCCCGCCGCGUUUGGGUUUCAAGCUGCGCUCGGGACUGUUGGGAUUCAGAGCGAGGGGUUUCCCGGCCUGUGCGGGUGCUGGACCGCGGAACCUCCCUGCUGCCGGCGGUACCGGGGUCGUGGCCCCUCGCCAAGGAACUGCUCUCUGGGGGAAGCGUGACAAGCGGGAAAUGUCCCCCCGGCACGGCGGCGGUGCUGGCAGCAUCCCCGGGACAGCGGGGAAUCGGAUGCUCGGGGCCGUCACCGCCUUCCGCAGAGGAACAGACAGGGCUUGAGAUGAUCCUCAGAGCGCAGAGUGGGGGGACCUGGGCGUCCCCGUUCUCGAGGGGACCGGCCCGCUGGAGCAGGGGCGGCUCCGCGGGCGGCGUUUCACACUGUCCUGUGCCUUACGCGGUUGCAAUCAAGGAGUGAUGCUCGGCUCGGAUCUGGUGUGAGGAUGCAGCAGCCGUGUUGACUUUGCCUUGUGUGUGUGCGUGUGUGUCUGGGAACAAGGGGGUCUCCUCGGGGUGCAGGAGGUCUGUGCCGGGUGCGCCCGCGGACGGAUGCCCGGGACCCCUGCCACGGGCUGAGGGGUGGGUAAGUGAUGGCGCUGGUGGUGGGCAGGAGCCAGGAUUCAGCUGGCAGCUGAAGAGAAUAUCAGCAAGGACAGCUCUGCUUAUAGCCAGAGUUCUGUGCUGAGGCUUCCAUCGUGUUCUGGAAGUGGAGCUGCAGGGAGAGCCCAGUGGAUCUCUGUAAAACCCAAGAGAGUGCCUAAAAUUAGGCAGAGGACUGGUGCCUGUGAAUCUGGGUGUGUCCUCCUCUGGCACCUCCUCCUCUGUGCCUUGUGAACCAUCCCCAGGUGCAGGGAAGGGGAGCAUCACUUCCAUGGUGGUGCCCAAGGCAGCAGCUGCAGGACAGUGGAGCCUCAGACUGGGAAAGUGGAGCUGCAGCAGUGGAGGGCAGCUGGAAGCAGAUUCCUUCCUGCAGUAGGUUUCAAGUUGUAGGAGAAAAUGUCAGUCAAAAGCAGAGUUGGACUACAGCAUCUGACCAGCACUACCCUGCUGGAAAACCAGGGCAGGAAACAUGCAUGGAGUGCCUGGAAGCUUGUUAAUUAAUUAAUCAGAUCUUGGGGUGUUUGGGAUAAAUUUGCCAUCCCACCUCCCUGUUCUCUGCUGCAUUAGCUGUUUCCACCAACUCAGCAAAGGGAUCAAAAAGCACUUACCAGGAGAUUCCAUCCUCAGGCCAGUGUGUCAGACAGGUUUAUUAUAAUGCUGGCUUUCAGCAAAAAUCAAAAGUGUUGCUUAGACUUAAGAGGGAAGUGACAAAUUGGUGGUUUGUGUGAACACAUCCUUGAGUUCUUCCAUGUGGAUCAAGACUUUGCAUUGCUGGUUGUGGUGGUGAGAGCAUGUCCAUGUCCUCAGCUCUCAACAGAGAAACAAGAUUUAGGAGGUUGCCCAGUGUUGCUGUGGAUGUCCCAUUUCUGGAAACAUUCAGGGCUGGAUAUAGCUUGGAGCAACCUGGUCUAGUAAAAAAGUGUCCCUGCCCCAUGGCAAGGAGUUGGAAUGAGAUGAGCUCUAAGGUCCCUUCCAACCCAAACCAUUCAAAGAUUUUAUGAUUUUAAGAAUUAUUUCAGUUCUUAAAGAAGGAUCACUGUGAGUAUUAGGGUAAAUUAAAAGAAAUAACUAAAAGAAUUCCUUAUAAAUUUGUCUGACAGCUUCCAAGGCCAUUUAUUUCCAGGCCAAGUUUCAGGGCAGCUGGGGGCCAAUGCUGGAGCAGCACAGGGGUUGUGUCAGUCACCAUGCUGGUGAUGGGCAUCACCAUCACAGGGAGGGGCAAAAGUCUCCUUUUGCUGAGGGGAAUGAAGAAUUUUAUUCUGUGAAUUGGACCAAAUCCAUCAAUCUGGUCAGUAAUAUGGGAUGGGUGGGUGGAAACAAACACAAGGGAAAAAAAAAAAAAUCAGUGUUGUCUGGGAACGAGUUUGGCAGAAGAGGGUAACAAAGUGUGUGUUCACCAAAGCUAAAAAAAAAAAAAAGAAAAAUCAAAACCAUUUUUAGGCUGUUUUCUCUUCUUUCAUUAAAUCUGUUUGGUUUGGGUUUUCUCAGCCUUUCAGUGGUGGGUGGGUGUUUUCCUUCUUUCCAAAGAUUUGAGAGCCAGAGGGGGAUCCUGGCUGCCCCAAAAUGCUCCCAGGGCCCUCAAACCACCUAAACCCUCCCGUGGAUGGAUGUGGCUUGUGUGAGUGUGAAUGUGUGUGUGUGUGUGUGAGACACUCCUCAGGUGCCUUUGCCUUUCUGGUUUGUAAAACCCUUGCAGUGUUCUGAUGUACAGAAUGGAACUGGGAAAAGCAAAUUGAAUUAUUCUGCCAUGUAAAGUAUUUUUCUGUU